ACUCCCAAGGUCCUCCAAAAAAAAAGCAUUCCACUUCUCCUAGAAAUCGAACCCACACUAGAGCCCAGACAAGUUUUCAGCCUGCCCCUUUAUCACUCGGCUAUAUCCCGAGGGUAGUCUUUUCUUUUUCAAUAUGGUAUCAGAGCGAUCGCUUCUUCUUCGCUGACUUUUUUCGUCACUUCUUUCUUGUUUUCCCGGUGAGCCGCCACAGUCAGUUCUUGCAUUCUUCCUUGUUAGAAGUCUGCAUAUUCGUAAUUGCUCUCUGUUUUUCCUGAUCGUCCAUGAUUGUUCUAUGGCGACCUUGUUUCCAGAUAAUUCUUCCACAUCAAUGAGCAAUUCUGCCAUUGACGACGGCUCAAGUCCUUACUUGCUGCACCAUUCCGAUAGCCCUGGCUUGCUACUGGUUUCUCAAUUGCUAACAGGAAACAACUAUGCUUCGUGGCGCUGCGCAAUGUUGAUCGCCCUCUCGAUAAAGAAUAAGCCAAGGUUUGUUAAUGGCUUGAUUUCUCGACCAUCAGGGAAUUUUGACUUGAAGAAUUCCAAGCUCGGAACCAGCAAGAAGUCUCUUAAGGAUUACAGUAGAACGACUGCAGAUUUAAGAAUCCUUGUCAUUAUACUCAUGACCAGCGAGGUCAUUGGAGGGGAUGAGAACAAAAUUUCGGGUGUUGAGGUUGAGUCUGUUAUGGUGCACGACAUUAGCCCUGAGUUACCGAACUGAGUCGAACAUCACGGAGCUUCUAAAUUUGUAUGGGAUAGACGUGGCUGGGAGAUGGUCCAAUUGGUUAACAGAACCAGCUUUUCCAGUUAACGAGCAAGGCAAAACAUCUGCUUGUGUGGACAUAUUAUAGAUUAUGCGUUGAGAGAAUACGCGGGGGGAGGGGUAUGGAAUUUCGGUUUUUGAAAAGGGAAGAAGAAGAUCACACAGAGAGAGUGAUGGAGAGCAUUAGAGAAACUAAAUGUGUGCACGAAGAGCCAAUCCCUCAGUUAGGAGGGUACGAAGUACACAGGGUACCCUAAUGGGCCAGCGUGUUUUCUUUAUAUCAUUGCCGACAAUUGGGUGGUCCCUUUUUCCCUCUCUCUCUCAGCCCAAAAGUUCAUGGGCUUCACAGAAACCAUAGCAAUAUGGUUCAAUAUAAUCUAGUAUUUUGCAUACAAAAUCUAAAAUUUAAAAUGAUGAAAUUAAUUAACUACGAAGAUUAGAUCUGAAAAUGUUUUCCCCAGUUUGGAAUAGCUAAGAAGCAUAACGAAAUCUUAACAAUUAUAACAAAGAAAACAAGUUAAUGGCUUAUUGUGAUAUCAGAUGCUUAAUCAGGUGGGACAUGUAUUAUACCAGAUGGAGGCAGAGUGCUAGUAGAAGCCAUAAUAUUCUGACAACUAAAAGACAGAAAAUUUUGAUAUUUGCAGGAACCAUUGCACGUGCCUUUUGACGCUAGGAAGCCCCACAAGAAUAGCAUAACAAGUUUAAAAGUUAUUAAAGAAGGGCACUAGAUGAGGCAAGAACAUUGUGAGUGCAACUAGACAGAAAAUUUUGGCUGACGGAUAUCCCAAGAUCUAGGCCUGGCGGCAAUCAUUACAUGUCAGUUGCUUCCUGCACUAAAAAGCACCCAAAGGGAUAAUGUAGCAAGUUUACUACUCAUGGAACAACUUAGGAAGAAGUCUCUUCCAUGUACUAUGGUAGGUUAGGUUCUCAAUCAGAGAAUGCUUUAUUGGGUAUCAUUCAUGCUAAUUGUGUCAUAGGCCUGUCUGUCCCUGCAACCUAUCAACAAAAAAAGGCGAGCUCUUCCAUUGCGAAGGCUUGCUAUUUUCUGCACUUCACAAAAGACGAAAUUCUAUACAUGGAAGCUAGCUGAUGACAUCAUGAUCUCAUGUGAAAUGCUAUAAAAGUAGAGGAAACCAGUAAAUUUUUGGAGGAAUUUCCAUCCUCAAACUCAAUACUGCACUAAUAGAUCCUGAAAUACUCAGAAUCACCAUUGUGAGCAAGAAAAUCUGAGUUUCAAAAACUUAAAUCAUAUGCUUUAACAAUUAACUUCACAUCAGUGCCCCAGAUAUUGAAAUCAAGUAUGGCUGUCAAUUCAUAUACACAUGGAAGAAACUUAAGUUAUCCAAGUUUAGAAAAAGAAUAAAAUCCCGAAGUUCUGUCCUAAUACAAUGUCAUCAUUUGCCACCAAGGGAAUCUAUUCUAUAUAUUAUAGAAGCUACCAAAUAGUACAGAGAAUUCCCAUACCGAAGCCAUGUCAGUAUUGUACUAAAAUGCAACCGUAUUAACUUUUCACCAAAUACGGUUAUCAUCAAUAAAGAAUGUGGUUUUGGCAAUAGGUUGCAUGUACAUAAGCUAAUAAGUGUCCCAGAUUAAAGAUUGAAAAAACAUCCUAUAACUAAUAACCAUGAUCACAGAUACUCGUAUUACUAGUAUAUCUUGAUUAGAAAACAUAUUUAUUAGAUUGCAAAUGAGAAAUCCAACAACAUUGAAGACUGACAGCCCAAAAUUUGAUCAUAUCUAUCCUCCGGGAGCAAUUAUACAGUAUAAAUUGGAUAACUGCAAGUUAGAAAAAAAAAAUAGAGAAAAAUACCUUCAAAAUGAUAUAUGAAUCUCCAGUAAAAAAAUUUCCAUAAGAUGACUUUGGGACAGGCACGGGAUGUAAGUUUUCAAUGCUCCAUAUUUCAAUUCCGCUACAUAUUGUAAAGAAGAGCAAAAUGUGAACAUCAAGAUGCAUAUAGGACUGUCGGUAACAGCAGCCACCGUCAAGAUAGUAACAGGAUGAUAACUCAUUCUUUUUUAUUUAUCAUUAAUAAUAAUAUUAUCCAUUAUUAUUUUCUUAUCAUUCCAUUUGCCCUUCUUUAUUAACAAACUGAAAAUUGAUCAUCCUCAAGAGAAGGAUUCGCUGGAGGUACUGAUUCCAACAUUCUAUAAAAGGGUGGUAAGAAUUAGUGCAAUAACGUUCACCAUUAUAAGACAUAAGAGAACAAAGGAUACGCCUUCUGCCCAGCUCCUUGGAAAGCUGGAUCUAAACCUCUCAUUGAAGCUGCCAUAAUUUUUGGCCUUUUGUUUAUGUUUUUUCACAACUGCAGACUACAAAC